GAACACUAUCAAGAGGAAACAGAGUCAUGACAAAAAGACAGUUAGAUUUACUGUCUGUUAUCAAAAAGAGAGAAGAGUUGCAUGACACAAAACAAGUCAGAAAAGCCUCCACAAGCGGCAACGAGGGCAGCUGCAGCGGUCAUGUUGAUGGUCAAAACCGGCUGCGGCAGGAGGCCUGCACCGCAACAGCUAGCCGGGUUUACCGCCAGCCGGAGCAGGAGCCAGCUACAGCGCCAGCAGUGGACUGCCAGGUGGACCACCAACAGCCGGAGCAACAGUGCAGGAGCUCCACAAACACCAUGGCUCUGAACAUCGCUGGUGUGGUUGCAGUCGUUGUGUUUUACAUCUUAGUCCUGGUCACAGGGAUUUUAAGUGCCUGGAAGACCAAGAAGGCUGAGAAGACCAGCAGAGGAAACAGGACUGAAGUGGUCCUGCUUGGAGACAGAAAUAUUAACUUCCUGGUUGGGAUUUUCACCAUGACAGCGACAUGGGUGGGAGGUGGCUUUAUCCUGGGUGUGACUGAGGCAGUUUACACUCCUAAGAUGGGCUUGAUCUGGGCUCUAAUGCCUGUACACACUUCUGUGUCCUUCAUACUGGGUGGUCUUUUCUUUGCCAAGCCAAUGAGGGACAUGAAGUACUUCACCAUAAUGGACCCAUUCCAGAUCAAAUAUGGCAACGUACUGAGUGCUUCUCUGGUGCUGCCUGCUCUGCUCAUGGAUGUCAUGUGGUUGGCAAGCACUCUGCUUGGCUUAGGAUUAACCAUGACUGUGAUCCUGGACUUGCACUUUGCUUAUUCUGUGUGCAUCUCAUCAGCUGUGGCCAUUAUCUACACUUUGUUAGGAGGCCUUUACUCAGUGGCCUACACUGACAUCAUCCAACUCUGUCUCAUCGUCGUCAGUUUGUGGCUGUGCGUCCCCUUCCUUCUGCUCAACGAUACGUCUUUAAACAUCGCUGAGACGGCUUUUAACAACACGCUUCAGGAACCCUGGCUUGGCUCUCUGGAGAAAGACAUGGUCUGGAAGUGGAUUGAUGACUUCUUAUUGCUGACUCUUGGCAAUCUUUCAUUUCAGUGCUUCCACCAGAGGACGCUGUCUGCCUCCUCAUCACGGACAGCCCAGUUAACCUGCUAUGCUGCUGCCAUUAUAGUUUUAAUACUGGGAAUCCCUCCAGUCUUGAUCGGAGCUGUCGCUGCCUCCACAGACUGGAACCUGACGAUGUACGGCUCUCCGUCUCCUUAUGAACGUGGCGAGCACGCGAUGAUCCUUCCUCUGACUCUGCAGUACCUCACUCCGUCUUUCAUCUCACUCAUUGGAAUUGGAGCCAUCACUGCAGCCGUCAUGUCCUCCACAGACUCAGAACUGUUAUCUACAACUUCUGUCUUCUCGUUAAACAUCUACAAGAACAUUCUGCGCAAACAGGCCUCAGAUCGUGAAAUGCAGUGGGUGAUUCGGAUCUCAAUCGUGGUUGUGGGCGUCGCUGGAACAUCCAUAACGUUCUUCACUAAAAGCGUCCUCCUCCUCUGGAUUCUUGGAGCAGACAUUGCCUACACGCUUAUAUUCCCCCAGCUGGUUUCUGUGCUCUUCUUCAAAGUGACAAACGCGUACGGUGGUGCGGUGGGUUACAUCGUAGGGCUGAUUGUGAGGAUUCUGUUAGGAGAGAACACUGUAGGUCUUCCUGUUGUUCUUUGCCUUCCCGGUUGCACACUGGAGGACGGCGUCUACGUCCAAACAUUUGCGGUCAGAACAUUCUCCAUGCUGUGUACUCUGAUAAACAUCUUAGCUUUUUCUGCACUGGCUUUGGUUAUGUUCAACAAGGGCCUGCUGCCUGAGAGAUGGGACAUUUUCAAAGUAAAGCAUAAGAAUGCUGUACCACUAGGGGGUGCUGUUACCCAGAACCUUAAAGAUGGAGCUGGAAGUGAUGCCGAAUGUGAUGAAAACAGAGACGGACUUCCCUUAGAGCCCAUGUUGUAGGCUGGAAAUGUUGUCUUUUCUGUGGUUUCUCUAGUUUAUCAUAUGAAUCCGAAUAUCAUAAGGCAGGUUGGAAUAUUAUGACUUUAUUCUCGUGAAUUAAGACUUUAUUCUGUGGCCCUAAUACGCCGUUGCAUUACAUAAAUAUAUCUGCCUUUUUCAGGCUCCAGACAGAGCUGAGUACAGAACAGAGCACUUAAAUCAUCCCACAGUAAAAAGAAAUAAUAAAUAAAUAAAAAA